AUGAGUAAAGCGGUGUGGCAGGUGUGUGCGUGCGUGAGUGCCAACGCAACCUCUCCCCCUCCCACUCGUUCCACUAAUUGCUUCCACUACGGCAAGCGGAAAACACAAAGCCGGCGCUUUAUCACGCUUAUCAGCAAACAACGUAAGCGCAACCUACAUAUAGCUACACUUCAUUCCCGACUUCCCGGCGAUGGCGUAAUUGUUUUGAUAAUGCAAACAAUGAGCGCUCGUCCAUUUUUAGCCGGGCGACAUUGAAGAGAAAUUAAAAG